GAUGACAGCCAGCCAGGCAGCUGACAGACGUGACAGCAAAACAGAAUUUACAGAAUCCCGUCCCAAAAUCUGUCGAAAUUGGUUAAUGAUACGAAGUAUCUCACGAUAUUGAGAUGUCUGGCCCAACUCGUAAUGUGUGGGCGAUCGUAGCUAGAAAUUUUAUCAACUCUUUUAAACCCCGCCAAAUAAGGGGAAAUCUCAUGGGCAAAGAUUACAUAGGCAAUGAUUAUUUUGAAAUUCCUGCUGAUCCCAGUGUUGGGAAGAGAAAACCAACCAGAUGGUAUAGCCCACCGAAGGGUCAAGACUUUCAGGAUCCUAUCCCUGCUGAGUGGGAGUCAUGGCUAAGGGGUCGCAGACUUGAACCACCAACAGAGGAAGAAAUAUUGAAAAACUUAGCUAUUGCUCAAAUGAAGAAAGAAAAUGCAGCUAAAAUUGAAGUCAAACGCCUUGCGGAGGGUGGUUCUCUGCCAUCGAUACCUGAAAAAGGGCACAACUCAUAUCCCACAUACCCUGAUUUUCAACCCGGUGAUCCUAAUCAUAAAAUAGAUAACAAGUAAUUGUAAUGGGUCUUGAGCAAUGCUACACAAACUUAGCACAGUUGACUUGUAACAAAGGAGAUAUUGUUGUUCUAAAUUAAUACUCUGUUAAAAUAUAGUUAGAGUAAAUUUUCAAUAGGAUUAUAAA